AUGCUUGCCGACAAGAAACAUGGGAGGAAAUACAAGCACGACACCGUCAACUAUGUCGCCCAGACCGACACGCUCGCUCGAGGCCGCUCGCAUCUCACCGCUGCUGAGCGAGUGAGACGCAACCUCAACGCCAAACUCGCCAAUCCGCUGGCCGGAUACAGUCACGACGAUUUGAAGAAGCAGGGCCUGCGAUUCAGCAUCACUCACCAAAUGGGCGACGAAGAGGAUAUCCGCGCCUUCGAGAUGGGCGCUGUUCUGGCACAGGCCCCCGACAAGUUUGAGCAGAUUGAGGGUCUGACGGAAGAUGAGUUGAGGGUGCUGCGCAAAGAGUUUACGAAUCGUUGGUCUCAGCCGCCGCUAAUGUAUGUGGUGAUUCUGAUUUGCUCUAUCUGUGCUGCUGUUCAGGGAAUGGAUGAGACCGUGGUCAACGGCGCGCAGGUGCUAUACAAAGAGCAAUUCGGCAUAGCUGGUCAGGACUCACGGUCUACCUGGCUGCUCGGUCUCCUCAAUUCGGCUCCAUAUCUGUGCUGUGCCAUUGCCGGCUGUUGGUUGACGAUUCCCUUCAACCACUGGUUUGGUCGCCGGGGAACUAUCUUCAUCACCUGCGUGAUCUCCUCGCUGGCAUGCAUAUGGCAAGGGUUUGUCAAUACCUGGUGGCACAUGUUCAUAGCUCGCUUUGUCCUCGGGUUUGGCAUUGGCCCCAAAUCAGCUACUGUGCCCAUCUACGCUGCCGAGACAAGCCCUCCAGCCAUCCGAGGCGCCUUGGUUAUGCAAUGGCAGAUGUGGACGGCGUUCGGCAUCAUGUUUGGAUACGCAGCUGAUCUAGCCUUCUUCAAGGUGCAAGAUCUGCCUAAUAUCAUUGGCUUGAACUGGCGUCUCAUGAUGGGCUCUGCAUGCAUCCCUGCCAUUAUUGUUCUGCUGCUUGUGUUCAGCUGCCCGGAGUCGCCUCGCUGGUACAUGAGUAAAGGCCUCUAUGAUAAAGCAUAUCAUUCGAUGUGUCGACUCCGAUACACAAAGUUACAAGCCGCCAGAGACGUAUACUACAUGCAUACUCUCCUGGAAGCCGAGACGGGCAUGAAACUAGGACAGAACAAGAUUCUCGAGUUGAUCACGGUUCCACGCAAUCGCCGUGCUCUAAUAGCAUCGGAGAUUGUCAUGUUCUUGCAACAGAUAUUCCUCGAUGCCAACUUCUCCCCUAUAUCUGCGUUCGGCGCGUCCCUCGGAUGGGGCGUCACCAACUGGCUACUAGCCAUACCAGCAAUCUACACAAUCGACACAUUCGGCCGACGCAAUCUGUUACUAUCAACAUUCCCCAUGAUGGCAAUAUCCAUGUUCUUCACGGGCUUCAGCUUCCUGAUCCCCGAGAUACACCACACGGCCCGCAUAGGAUGCAUAUCCCUAGGGCUGUUCCUAUUCGGCGUCGUGUAUUCACCGGGCGAAGGCCCCGUACCAUUCACCUACUCAGCAGAGGCAUACCCGCUCUACGUCCGAUCAUACGGCAUGUCACUCGCGACCGCAACAACAUGGUUCUUCAACUUCGUGCUAGCCAUUACCUGGCCAUCGCUAUCAUCCCGCUUCUCCAUUGCAGGCGGAUUCGCAUGGUACGGCGCCUGGAACGUUGUAGGCUGGUGGCUCGUCUUGAUGUUCAUGCCCGAGACAAAGGGCAAGACGCUCGAAGAACUAGACCAGGUGUUUUCUGUCCCGACGCGCUUUCAUGCUGCAUGGGGUCUGCGCCAGAUUCCGUAUGUAAUUAAGCGGUAUAUAUUCCGGAGGAAAAAUAUCAGGCCCGAAGUUCUUUAUGAGAAGGAGGAUUCACCUGUUCCGGAUCAAGUUGUGUAUCGUGAAUUAGACAUGUUAAUAUGA